AUGUUCCGAGCAAGUCAAUUGUACCACGCACUACCCCCGUGCUUGACUUGGUAACCCUCGGGAACAGGGUGGUACAAGCUCGCAGAGUCGAAGGAUAACACUUCCGUAAUUGUCGCGGUCCGGGCCAGACGGUUGUGCUGACGGAGUUUAGAAGGUCGAUGAAAACUAAGUAGUUUCUUAUCCAAGCAACGCAUUGGAGACUAGGCAAGCUGGUGUGAAGAGUCAAUCGAUUAGUGUAUUUAAAGGAGUCGAGUGCCGCGAGUCGAUUCAGUUAACGGAGAGAACCCAGAGUGAAACAUCAAACACUCCCAGCCCGGUUGUCGGCGUAUUGAUUUUCCGCAGAAAAGAUUCGGAGAUACGUGCAAAAUAACACAUACUAACUUUCAACCCCACCUAAGAAACUGAUUGUGUUCAUUCCUGUUAACCUGAAAUCUUUUUAGAAGUAUCCUUGCGGAAUUGUAGGAGAUAUUUCUACACUUUUUGAACAGUUUUCCCGGCGUUUAGACCGUAACCAAACAGACAAGUUCAAAUUUUAAAGUACUUUAAAAAACUACAACAACGGAGUCACCAAAAAGAAAUCUCCUUGACUUCGAUGCUCAAGACGAAACCACAAAGUACGGCGGCCGGGCAUCCGUGAAGAAAACAACUCCCCAUCGAUAACGCCCGCACUAAACGCCAUUAAGCUCUCACUUCCUCCUUCUUUCCAUCACAUCAUCUGAAUUCAUUUAUCGAUCAUUGCUUUUGUUGAAUUUGGUGGGUUCAUCCCGGUCAUCAUCUGUUCGAUAAGGACAAUAACUUCGGCUCAUAGUAUAAUUGUUGACUUCAUCGCUUGAAUACUUAAAAAUCUUAAAGAUAAGAAAGAGCUAAUUUUUUCCGUACGCUGUAAACAAACAAUGGAAAAAUCUGAAAAGUUUUCAGAUUACUUAUUUGCAAAGAUGGGCCCACCGAACAGCGCAACGGUCAACGGAACGGAGCUACCGCCAAAAACUACUGAAGGAGGCGACGUGCCUAUAGAAUUGACCGGAUUCAGGAAGUGGUUCAGUGAGAAUCUUAUGUUGCUGGUAACACUAUCUGGAGUUAUCCUUGGAGUCGUACUAGGUGUCAGUCUUCGACCGCUGAAUUUAGGACCGGACUCGAUAAUGUUAAUAUCAUAUCCAGGCGAGCUCUUCAUGCGUAUUCUGAAACUGAUGAUCCUUCCUCUGGUAAUCUCAAGCCUAAUCGCCGGCUCAGCCAGCCUAAAUGCACGGAUGAAUGGAAAAAUCGCAUUAAGGACUCUCAUAUACUUCGCUGCAACCUCAUUUUUCAAUGCACUACUUGGCAUCUUUCUGGUACUGCUCAUCCAUCCGGGUGAUCCUAAUCUACAUAAUGCAUCGGAUCGGUCCGCUGACAAUAGGGUGGCAAACCUGCUCGAUAGUCUACUGGAUUUAGGGAGGAAUGUAUUUCCAGACAACCUAUUUCAAGCCGCUUUCCAACAAGCGCAUACCGAAUAUGUGCCGAAGCCAACGAUCCUGAGAACAUUCAAUGAAACUCUGAACGACACCUAUCCAUCCUCCGAUUCCGGAGAAGGUGAGCAACCCGUGGAGACUGAACUAGUUCGAGUAGUCCAAUACCGGCCGGGAACCAACACUCUGGGAAUAGUUUUCUUCUGUCUUGUCUUCGGGACUCUUCUGGGAACAAUAGGUUCGAAAGGCCAAGUGGUCAUCGAUUUCUUCUCUGCAGUAUUCGAGGUUGUUAUGAAGAUGGUGACGUGUGUGAUGUGGUUGACGCCAGUUGGUAUAAGUUCAGUGAUAGCCGGGAAAAUUCUAGGCGUAAGCGACUUGCGACUAGUCAUGUCACAGUUGAUGUGGUUCAUUUUGACCGUUGCAUCCGGUGUGUUCUUCUAUCAGUUGAUCAUAUUGCAACUGAUCUACUUUCUAGUGUUGCGACGCAACCCUUUCAAGUUUUAUUUCGGACUUAUACAUGCAAUGCUCACUGCAUUUGCCACUGCAUCAACAGCUGCAGCCUUACCAAUAACAUUCCGUUGCAUGAACGAAAAGCUGAAAAUCGAUCAGAGGAUAACCCGCUUCGUGCUGCCAAUCGGAUGCAACAUUAACAUGGACGGGACCGCUCUGUUCAUUGCAGUGGCAUCGAUUUUCAUUGCCCAAAUGAGUGGAAUGACACUGGGAUUUGGGGAGCUGGUUACCGUUCUGCUGACUUCAACGGCUGCUUCCAUGAGUUCCGCCAGUGUUCCUAGCGCCGCUUUAGUAUUGCUCCUCGUAGUUUUGUCAGCUAUUGAUGCACCAGUUCAGGAUGUAACCUUGCUAUUCGCCAUAGACUGGUUUGUGGACCGCAUUCGAACUACAAACAACAUGUUAGGGGAUUGUUAUGCGGCAGCUAUUGUGGAACACCUAUCGAAGAAGGAACUCAUGGCUUUGGAUGCGGCCGUUUUGUAUUCGGACCUACCAACCCACAACGGGCACCUUCUCAUGGACGGCCACACCGACUUGGAUGGCAAGAGCUCCCUGUCUGACUCCGUCAUAGUCGACAUGAACCACACGGUGUCAUGCCUGCAGCACGGCUCCGACAAGAAGUAGAUUGAGGGACGAAACGGUGGUGAUAAAAAUUCAUAUAUGUGAUGGAAGGAAUGAGAUAUUUUUAUAGGAGAACGUCUAUUUUACUAUUACAUGCUUUUAUUACACAAUCCUUUUUUACAGAUUGAACUUUGGUUUAACUUGUAACGUGUCUUAAGUUUGUCAAUCCGAAUGGCAGCGUUCGGAAGUUGGAUGUUAUUUUAGCCUAACUUUUAAGAGAAAAUGGAUGUGAACUUGUGUUUAUGGUUCCGGUAUGCAUAUAUUCACUAGGUGUAACGAGCAUUAGCGUAAAACAAGUUAGUUCAAAUUAGGAUAAGUAGGUACUCAUAGUGGUUGCAUUUGCACAUUCACUACUACUGAAUCAAUUGGCCUUAUUUUAUAUCCUGCUAUUGUUUGGCCUUAGGUUGUAUCAUAUGUAGGUGUUUUUACUACCACUCGAAUACAGGAAGAUUGUUUAAUGCAAUAUUGUACCACCUUUACCCGCAGUAUUAUUACCAGAAAGUUGAUUUCAAUCUGAAACUAGUCAUCAAACUUGAAAUUCUGAGAAAAGCAAAACUACGUAGACUGCAUCCGACAACUAGACUCCGCCAGACCCUGUUGUCAGCGGCAAAACAAUUCACUGUGUUAAAUUUUAUGUAAUAUGCAAUGUGACUAGCAUAUCAUAUUAUGUACGUAUAGAGAAAGUGAUUAACAUUUUAUGGGAGGAUAUUACAAGCAAUUAGUAACAUUAUCUAUGUAACAGUUAAGACUUGAAGACGUGAAGCGUUUUAAUAAACAUGAAAUUCUGUUUUUUAAAUCACUGAA